AUGGGGGCGACGGUGGAGCAAUUCAAUCAUGCCAAGAGUCAGAUGGGCACGCUGAAGGAAGACCCUGGCAAUGAGGCCAAGCUGAAAAUCUAUGCUCUCUUCAAACAGGUUAGAGGUCAUUGUGCUUUAGUCUUAACUACUUGGCUGUUAUGUCUCUGAACAUCAAGAGCAAUGUUCCCUCUAAUCUUUUUCGUCAAUGAGCAAAUUUCAGGUCUUAAAUAUUGUGAAAAUUCUGUGCAACCUCCAGGGCAUUUACUGUGAACACUGAGGCUGUACCCGCUUUAGGUUGCAGUUUUAAGUGGCCAAUAAGGCUACUGUGGCUAUUUGAUCAUGUAGGCCUACCAGAGUGGCCAACCAUCAAAAACGGUGGAGAAAAAUGCAUCCCAUAAUAUUUUAACAUGAAAAUGUUUACAUACACUUAGGUUGGAGUCAUUAACUUGUUUUUCAACCACUCCAUACAUUUCUUGUUAACAAACUAUAGUUUUGGCAAGUCGGUUAGGACAUCUACUUUGUGCAUGACGCAAGUAAUUUUUCCAACAAUUGUUUACAGACAGAUUAUUUCACUUAUAAUUCACUGUAUCACAAUUCCAGUGGGUCAGAAGUUUACAUACACUAAGUUGACUGUGCCUUUAAACAGCUUGGAAAAUUCCAGAAAAUGAUGUCAUGGCUUUAGAAGCUUCUGAUAGGCUAAUUGACAUCAUUUGAGUCAAUUGGAGGUGUACCUGUGGAUGUAUUUCAAGACCUUCCUUCAAACUCAGAGCGUCUUUGCUUGACAUCAUGGGAAAAUCAAAAGAAAUCAGCCAAGACCUCAGAAAAAAAAAAAGUAGACCUCCACAAGUCUGGUUCAUCCUUGGGAGCAAUUUCCAAACGCCUGAAGGUACCACUUUCAUCUGUACAAACAAUAGUACGCAGGUAUAAACACCAUGGGACCACGCAGCCGUCAUACCGCUCAGGAAGGAGACGUGUUCUGUCUCCUAGAGAUGAAUGUACUUUGGUGCGAAAAGUGCAAAUCAAUCCCAGAACAAUAGCAAAGGACCUUGUGAAGAUGCUGGAGGAAGCAGGUACAAAAAUAUCUAUAUCCACAGUAAAACGAGUCCUAUAUCGACAUACAGUGGGGGGGAAAAAAAGUAUUUAGUCAACCACCAAUUGUGCAAGUUCUCCCACUUAAAAAGAUGAGAGAGGCCUGUAAUUUUCAUCAUAGGUACACGUCAACUAUGACAGACAAAUUGAGAAAAAAAAAUCCAGAAAAUCACAUUGUAGGAUUUUUUAUGAAUUUAUUUGCAAAUUAUGGUGGAAAAUAAGUAUUUGGUCACCUACAAACAAGCAAGAUUUCUGGCUCUCACAGACCUGUAACUUCUUCUUUAAGAGGCUCCUCUGUCCUCCACUCGUUACCUGUAUUAAUGGCACCUGUUUGAACUUGUUAUCAGUAUAAAAGACACCUGUCCACAACCUCAAACAGUCACACUCCAAACUCCACUAUGGCCAAGACCAAAGAGCUGUCAAAGGACACCAGAAACAAAAUUGUAGACCUGCACCAGGCUGGGAAGACUGAAUCUGCAAUAGGUAAGCAGCUUGGUUUGAAGAAAUCAACUGUGGGAGCAAUUAUUAGGAAAUGGAAGACAUACAAGACCACUGAUAAUCUCCCUCGAUCUGGGGCCCCACGCAAGAUCUCACCCCGUGGGGUCAAAAUGAUCACAAGAACGGUGAGCAAAAAUCCCAAAACCACACGGGGGGACCUAGUGAAUGACCUGCAGAGAGCUGGGACCAAAGUAACAAAGCCUACCAUCAGUAACACACUACGCCGCCAGGGACUCAAAUCCUGCAGUGCCAGACGUGUCCCCCUGCUUAAGCCAGUACAUGUCCAGGCCUGUCUGAAGUUUGCUAGAGUGCAUUUGGAUGAUCCAGAAGAGGAUUGGGAGAAUGUCAGAUGAAACCAAAAUAGAACUUUUUGGUAAAAACUCAACUCGUCGUGUUUGGAGGACAAAGAAUGCUGAGUUGCAUUCAAAGAACACCAUACCUACUGUGAAGCAUGGGGGUGGAAACAUCAUGCUUUGGGGCUGUUUUUCUGCAAAGGGACCAGGACGACUGAUCCGUGUAAAGGAAAGAAUGAAUGGGGCCAUGUAUCGUGAGAUUUUGAGUGAAAACCUCCUUCCAUCAGCAAGGGCAUUGAAGAUGAAACAUGGCUGGGUCUUUCAGCAUGACAAUGAUCCCAAACACACCGCCCGGGCAACGAAGGAGUAGCUUCGUAAGAAGCAUUUCAAGGUCCUGGAGUGGCCUAGCCAGUCUCCAGAUUCAACCCCAUAGAAAAUCUUUGGAGGGAGUUGAAAGUCCGUGUUGCCCAGCGACAGCCCCAAAACAUCACUGCUCUAGAGGAGAUCUGCAUGGAGGAAUGGGCCAAAAUACCAGCAACAGUGUGUGAAAACCUUGUGAAGACUUACAGAAAACGUUUGACCUGUGUCAUUGCCAACAAAGGGUAUAUAACAAAGUAUUGAGAAACUUUUGUUAUUGACCAAAUACUUAUUUUCCACCAUAAUUUGCAAAUAAAUUCAUUAAAAAUCCUACAAUGUGAUUUUCUGGAUUUUUUUUUCUCAUUUUGUCUGUCAUAGUUGACGUGUACCUAUGAUGAAAAAUACAGGCCUCUCAUCUUUUUAAGUGGGAGAACUUGCACAAUUGGUGGCUGACUAAAUACUUUUUUCCCCCACUGUAACCUGAAAGGCCGCUCAGCAAGGAAGAAGCCACUACUCCAAAACCGCCAUAAAAAAAGCCAGACUACGGUUUGCAACUGCACAUGGGGACAAAGAUCGUGCUUUUUGGAGAAAUGUCCUCUGGUCUGAUGAAACAAAAGUAGAACUGUUUGGCCAUAAUGACCAUCGUUAUGUUUGGAGGAAAAAGGGGGCAGCUUGCAUUGGAGUGGCCAUCACAAAGCCCUGACCUCAAUCCUAUAGAACAUUUGUGGGCAGAACUGAAAAAGCGUGUGCGAGCAAGGAGGCCUACAAACCUGACUCAGUUACACCAGCUCUGUCUGGAGGAAUUGGCCAAAAUCCACCCAAUUUAUUGUGGGAAGCUUGUGGAAGGCUACCUGAAACAUUUGACCCAAGUUAAACAAUUUAAAGGCAAUGCUACCAAAUACUAAUUGAGUGUAUGUAAACUUCUGACCCACUGGGAAUGUGAUGAAAGAAAUAAAAGCUGAAAUAAAUCAUUCUCUCUACUAUUAUUCUGACAUUUCACAUUCUUAAAAUCAAGCGGUGAUCCUAACUGACCUAAGACAGGGCAUUUUUACUAAGAUUAAAUUUCAGGAAUUGUGAAAAACGGAGUUUAAAUGUAUUUGGCUAAGGUGUAUGUAAACUUCCGACUUCAACUGUAUGUGCUUAAUUUAGAGUUAUUAAUGUAACUUUAGUUGUUCUACAAAUGUUGGGCUAUAUGUUUUGAUUUUUAAUACAUUGUAUGGCUGCAUGAUGCAACUCUAAUGAUGAUUUGAAAAAAGUCACUUGAAAGGCAUGAGCUCUGCUUAGUUUUUUGCGCCUUUUCCAGCCCUUCUCCCUAAAUGCUGCCCGCUCCGAAGCACCUCUCAUCUCACACGGCUCUCCAUCACGUGUUCGGGUCUUCCUCACAAGCUACAAGUGAAGACGGACACAUCGGUGACGCAAUUGCGCUCGUCCUUAUCCAACUCACUGUAAGCGCCGGAAGAAGAUGGCUGCCGUUUUACAGCCCUCUAACCAAUUGUACUAUUAUGUGUGUUUUUCCGCGUUAUUUGUAAUUUAUUUUGUACAUAAUGUUUCUGCCAUCGUCUCUUAUAACCAAAGAGAGCUUCUGGAUAUCAGGACAGCGAUUACUCACCUCGCGUUGGACGAACACUUUUUCUUCAACGAGGCGUUCGCGAAGGAUAUUCUACAGACUCCCGACAAGGCCCAGAUCCCCGUCAUUCGCGUGAGGAAGAGACGGAGAUAUCGUGGACGUAGGUCGGGGUGCCUUGUAAGGAUCCGACGGCGAACGAGUAAACUGCCUCUCCCAUCAAUCCUAUUAGCCAACGUUCAAGCUUUGGAGAAUAAAAUGGACGAUUUAAGAUUACGGUUAUCCUACCAACGGGACAUUAAAAACUGUAAUAUCUUAUGUUUCACGGAGUCGUGGCUGAACGACGACAAUGAUAACAUUCAGCUAGCAGGCUAUACGCUACAUCGGCAGGACAGAACGGCAGACUCGGGUAAGACGAGGGGUGGCGGUCUCUGUAUAUUUGUAAACAACAGCUGGUGCACCAAAUCAAAUACUAAGGAAGUCUCAAGGUUUUGCUCGCCUGAGGUAGAGUAUCUUAUGAUAAGCUGCAGACCACACUAUUUACCAAGAGAGUUUUCAUCUAUAUUUUUCAUAGCUGUCUAUUUACCACCACAAACCAAUGCUGGCAUUAAGAUUGCACUGAAUGAGUUGUACAAGGCCAUUAAUCAACAGGAAAACGCUCAUCCAGAUGCAGCGCUCCUAGUAGCAGGGGACUUUAAUGCAGGGAAACUUAAAUCCGUUCUACCUAAUUUCUACCAGCAUGUUAAAUGUGCAACCAGAGGGGAAAAAACUCUAGACCACCUUUACUCCACACACAGAGACGCAUACAAAGCUCUCCCUCGCCCUCCAUUUGGCAAAUCUGACCAUAACUCUAUCCUCCUGAUUCCUGCUUAUAAGCAAAAACUGAAGCAGGAAUCACCAGUGAUUCGGCUAAUAAAAAAGUGGUCAGAUGACGCAGAUGCUAAGCUACAGGACUGUUUUGCUAGCACAGACUGGAACAUGUUCCGGGAUUCUUCAGACAACAUUGAGGAGUACACCACAUCAGUCACUGGCUUCAUCAAUAAGUGCAUCGAUGAUGUCGUCCCCACAGUGACCGUACGUACAUACCCCAACCAGAAGCCAUGGAUUACAGGAAACAUCCGCACUGAGCUAAAGGGUAGAGCUGCCGCUUUCAAGGAACGGGACUCUAACCCGGAGGCUUAUAAGAAAUCCCGCUAUGACCUCCGACGAACCAUCAAACAGGCAAAGAGUCAAUACAGGUCUAAGAUUGAAUCAUACUACACUGGCUCUGACGCUCGUCGGAUGUGGCAGGGCUUGAAAACUAUUACAGACUACAAAGGGAAGCACAGCCGCGAGCUGCCCAGUGACACAAGCCUACCAGACGAGCUAAACCACUUCUAUGCUCGCUUCGAGGCAAGCAACACUGAAGCAUGCAUGAGAGCACCAGCUGUUCCGGACGACUAUGUGAUCACGCUCUCCGUAGCCGAUGUGAGUAAGACUUUUAAGCAGGUCAACAUUCACAAGGCCGCAGGGCCAGACGGAUUACCAGGACGUGUACUCCGAGCAUGUGCUGACCAACUGGCAAGUGUCUUCACUGACAUUUUCAACAUGUCCCUGACUGAGUCUGUAAUACCAACAUGUUUCAAGCAGACCACCAUAGUCCCCGUGCCCAAGAACUCUAAGAUAACCUGCCUAAAUGACUACCGACCCGUGGCACUGACGUCUGUAGCCAUGAAGUGCUUUGAAAGACUGGUCAUGGCUCACAUCAACAGCAUAAUCCCAGAAACCCUAGACCCACUCCAAUUUGCAUACCGCCCCAACAGAUCCACAGAUGAUGCAAUCUCUAUCGCACUCCACACUGCCCUUUCCCACCUGGACAAGAGGAACACCUACGUGAGAAUGCUAUUCAUUGACUACAGCUCAGCAUUCAACACCAUAGUGCCCUCAAAGCUCAUCACUAAGCUAAGGAUCCUGGGACUAAACACCUCCCUCUGCAACUGGAUCCUGGACUUCCUGACGGGCCGCCCCCAGGUGGUAAGGGUAGGUAACAACACAUCUGCCACACUGAUCCUCAACACGGGGGCCCCUCAGGGGUGCGUGCUCAGUCCCCUCCUGUACUCUCUGUUCACCCAUGACUGCAUGGCCAGGCACGACUCCAACACCAUCAUUAAGUUUGCCGACGACACAACAGUGGUAGGCCUGAUCACCGACAACGAUGAGACAGCCUAUAGGGAGGAGGUCAGAGAUCUGGCCGUGUGGUGCCAGGACAACAACCUCUCCCUCAACGUGACCAAGACAAAGGAGAUGAUUGUGGACUACAGGAAAAAAAAGAGGACUGAGCACGCCCCCAUUCUCAUCGACGGGGCUGUAGUGGAACAGGUUGAGAGCUUCAAGUUCCUUGGUGUCCACAUCACCAACGAACUAUCAUGGUCCAAACACACCAAGACAGUCGUGAAGAGGGCACGACAAAGCCUAUUCCCCCUCAGGAGACUAAAAAGAUUUGGCAUGGGUCCUCAGAUCCUCAAAAAAUUCUACAGCUGCACCAUCGAGAGCAUCCUGACUGGUUGCAUCACCGCCUGGUAUGGCAACUGCUUGGCCUCUGACCGCAAGGCACUACAGAGGGUAGUGCGUACGGCCCAGUACAUCACAGGGGCAAAGCUCCCUGCCAUCCAGGACCUCUAUACCAGGCGGUGUCAGAGGAAGGCCCUCAAAAUUGUCAAAGACUCCAGUCACCCUAGUCAUAGACUGUUCUCUCUGCUACCGCACGGCAAGCGGUACCGGAGUGCCAAGUCUAGGUCCAAAAGACUUCUCAACAGCUUCUACCCCCAAGCCAUAAGACUCCUGAACAGCUAAUCAUGGCUACCCGGACUAUUUGCACUGCCCCCCCACCCCAUACUUUUUACGCUGCUGCUACUCUGUUAAGUAUUUAUGCAUAGUCACUUUAACUCUACCCACAUGUACAUAUUACCUCAACUACCUCAACUAGCCGGUGCCCCCGCACAUUGACUAUGCAACGGUACCCCCCUGUAUAUAUAGCCUCCCUACUGUCACUUUAUUCUAUUGUAUAUAUAGCCUAACUACUGUCACUUUAUUUUUACUUCUGCUCUUUUUUUCUCAACACUUUUUUUGUUGUUGUUUUAUUCUUACUUUUUUUGUUUAAAAUAAAUGCACUGUUGGUUAAGGGCUGUAAGUAAGCAUUUCACUGUAAUGUCUGCACCUGUUGUAUUCGGCGCAUGUGACCAAUAAAAUUUGAUUUGAUUUGAUUUGAAUUCCGAGAUGCAUAUUGAAGAUAUUGGAAGAACUGUCCACAUUUACUUUUCGUCAGCCAACAAUAUGAGUAGGCCUAACGAACAGCAAAAGCUCUAGCCUAUGUCAAUCUACUAUCCCCCAUAGUACAAAGGUCAACCUAUUCUGUGCGAGAAAUAAAUAUUCCAAACAUGUUGUGGGAUGCGAUAGAUCCCAAAUUAAUACAACCACUAGCAUCAAAAAACCUUUUUUUACGCAAUGUGGCUGACGCAAGAGAUCAGAAUGUUUAGCUUAAAAUGAUGAUAAAAUAUUAGGCAAUUUCUUCACAUUAUAAGCGCAGCAAUGCGCACGUGGUAGUAGGCUAUAAGCGCGAAUGUUCCAUUAGUGGAAAACACCAUUAUCAAAAGUGACGUAAAUACAAUUAUGCAUGUAAUGCUUUUAUUAUAAAGGUGCAUUUUUAUGGUGAAAAUUAUCUUCCCCAAACUUGAAACUCACGCGCUGCUUAUGUAUGCCAGUUAGUCUCUACACUCCUUGUAAAGCGGAUGAAUGUGCUUAAUUUGGCCACUUUAGUUGUGAUACAAACCUUAUUAAAACAUAUAGGCCUAUGGGCUAGGCUACCUGAGGUGUGUGACUAUGAUUUACAAAUGUAAAAAAAAAAGCCAUGGUUUCUUAUGCUGGGCAUCAUUCACAAGUGAUAAUAUAGAAUUCACAAGUGAUAGGCUAAUAUUGUCACCAUCAGACUAUUAUUGAUUUAAUCUUGUCUUUACAUAUACUAAAUAAUAUGUGUGAAAUUUGUUUUGCUUUAGAAUGGACCGUUAUCAUGCACCUGUAUCGAAACAGGGUCAGCGGAAAAAAAUACAUCUCAUCUAUGCAAUUAAAUAGCAAAUGGAGGAUGCUUUUCCCCGUGGUUUAUUUUCACGCCAGCCAGGUAGGCUAUACUCCUUUUGUAAAGAGAAGCAAUGUGCUUAAUAUUAGGAAAGUUGAGAAAUAAAUAUAGUAGGUCUAGCCUAUAGAAAGCUGAUGGGAUCCUCCUCCUUUUUAGUAGAGGCCAUCACUCUGUUUUCUCGCGGAAUUGCAUAGCCUAUUGAAAUGUUGCGCAACAUGAACUCAUGGGCUCUCAUGUAGUGUUUCAUUAGAUUUUCGAUUACAUUUGCAUUGAUGUCAGAGUGAUUAGAGGGUCAAUAGAGUGCUGAGUACCAGGCAGUUAGCAAGUUUGGUAGGCUACUAAUGACCAUCAGCAGCAUCAGAGCUUGGAGAAGCCUAAUUAUCGUGACUAAACAGUCACGUGGAAUUUGACUGCCUUUUUGACUCGUGACCGCCGGUGUGGCGGUAAUACGGUCACCGCAACAGCCUUAGGCAUGAUCCUGGACAACACCCUGUCGUUCUCCGCAAACAACAAAGCAGUGACCUGCUCCUGCAGGUUCAUGCUUUACAACAUCCGUAGAGUACAACCCUACCUCACACAGGAAGCGGCGAAGGUCCUAAUCCGGGCACUUGUCCUCUCCCGUCUGGACUACUGCAAGUCGCUGUUGGCUGGGUUCCCCGCUUGUGCCAUCAAACCCCUGCAACUUGUCCAGAACGCAGCAGCCCACCUGGUUUUCAACCUUCUCAAAUUCUCUCACGUCACCCGCUCCUCCACACACUCCACAGGCUUCCAGUCAAAGCUUGCAUCCACUGCAAGACCAUGGUGCUUACCUACGGAACGUCAAGAGGAACUGCCCCUCCCUACCUUCAGGCUAUGCUCAAACCCUACACCUCAACACGAGCACUCCGUUCUGCCACCUCAGGUCUCAUGGUCUCCACCCCUAUGGGAGGGUAGCUCCCGUUCAGCCCAGUCCACGCUCUUCUCUGUCCUGCACCCCAAUGGUGGAACCAGCUUCCCCCUGAAGCUAGGACAGCAGAGUCCCUGUCCAUUUUCCGAAAGUCGCUCUGGAUAAGAGUGUCUGCUAAAUAAUGUUACCACCCAUGACUGUAUUUGUUAGUGACAGAGACGUGGUUGUUGCAUUCAUCAAUCUUUUGUCCUGUGGACUUCAACAAGUGAGAUCCUAAGUGAAUAUUUUAUCACAAUGUUUUUCACAAUGUUCCUAACCCUGGCAGUCAUUCUGAAUGCAGGUUAAUACAAAUCCCAACUGUUGGAUGUCCUAUCUCUGGGUGGAUUCCAAUAGGCAUUAAACAUCAGUAUAAUGUGACUUGCAUGUAGGGUUGCAGAAUUCUGGUAACUUUCCCAAAUCUCCCAGGUUUUCCUGAAAUCAUUUGGAAUCUGCCUCUCAACUGGAGGGAAUUAUCAGGAAAUCCAGAAUCCUUCAACCAGGAUUUCUGGAAAACUUUACUUGCAGGCCUGAUGUGGCUUGUAAACCAUGAGUGUCAGGCCACUGUAUUUGGGUAACACUAGGCCUAAAAAUUAGGCCUUGUGAAAUAUGUAAUUUAUUGGCAUGAAUUUUUAUGAUAACAUUCACCUAGGAACUCACUUGGUGAAGACCACAGAUUGAAAAUGAAUGAAUUCAACAACCAUGUCUCUGUCACUAACAAAUACAGUCAUGGGUAGUAACUCUAUAAUUCACUCAAAGGCAAGGUACAAAGGGAGAUUAUAUUGGAGGCAUGGCUUAGUGGGGGUGGAAGUGUUGAGUGGAGGUGUUGUAUCAGUUUUUGGUCUAUGGUAGAGGUACAUUAUUACCACUUACAAGGAACAAAUGGCUUUGUCAGUGUGGUGAUACCUAAUGUGUUACAGUGGGGGAAAAAAGUAUUUAGUCAGCCACCAAUUGUGCAAGUUCUCCCACUUAAAAAGAUGAGAGAUGCCUGUAAUUUUCAUCAUAUGUACACGUCAACUAUGACAGACAAAAUGAGAAAAAAAAAAUCCAGAAACUCACAUUGUAGGAUUUUUAAUGAAUUUAUUUGCAAAUUAUGGUGAAAAAUAAGUAUUUGGUCAACUUCAAACAAGCAAGAUUUCUGGCUCUCACAGACCUGUAACUUCUUCUUUAAGAGGCUCCUCUGUCCUCCACUCGUUACCUGUAUUAAUGGCACCUGUUUGAACUUGUUAUCAGUAUAAAAGACACCUGUCCACAACCUCAAACAGUCACACUCCAAACUCCACUAUGGCCAAGACCAAAGAGCUGUCAAAGGACACCAGAAACAAAAUUGUAGACCUGCACCAGGCUGGGAAGACUGAAUCUGCAAUAGGUAAGCAGCUUGGUUUGAAGAAAUCAACUGUGGGAGCAAUUAUUAGGAAAUGGAAGACAUACAAGACCACUGAUAAUCUCCCUCGAUCUGGGGCCCCACGCAAGAUCUCACCCCGUGGGGUCAAAAUGAUCACAAGAACGGUGAGCAAAAAUCCCAGAACCACACAGGGGGACCUAGUGAAUGACCUGCAGAGAGCUGGGACCAAAGUAACAAAGCCUACCAUCAGUAACACACUACGCCGCCAGGGACUCAAAUCCUGCAGUGCCAGACGUGUCCCCCUGCUUAAGCCAGUACAUGUCCAGGCCUGUCUGAAGUUUGCUAGAGUGCAUUUGGAUGAUCCAGAAGAGGAUUGGGAGAAUGUCAGAUGAAACCAAAAUAUAACUUUUUGGUAAAAACUCAACUCGUCGUGUUUGGAGGACAAAGAAUGCUGAGUUGCAUUCAAAGAACACCAUACCUACUGUGAAGCAUGGGGGUGGAAACAUCAUGCUUUGGGGCUGUUUUUCUGCAAAGGGACCAGGACGACUGAUCCGUGUAAAGGAAAGAAUGAAUGGGGCCAUGUAUCGUGAGAUUUUGAGUGAAAACCUCCUUCCAUCAGCAAGGGCAUUGAAGAUGAAACAUGGCUGGGUCUUUCAGCAUGACAAUGAUCCCAAACACACCGCCCGGGCAACGAAGGAGUAGCUUCGUAAGAAGCAUUUCAAGGUCCUGGAGUGGCCUAGCCAGUCUCCAGAUUCAACCCCAUAGAAAAUCUUUGGAGGGAGUUGAAAGUCCGUGUUGCCCAGCGACAGCCCCAAAACAUCACUGCUCUAGAGGAGAUCUGCAUGGAGGAAUGGGCCAAAAUACCAGCAACAGUGUGUGAAAACCUUGUGAAGACUUACAGAAAACGUUUGACCUGUGUCAUUGCCAACAAAGGGUAUAUAACAAAGUAUUGAGAAACUUUUGUUAUUGACCAAAUACUUAUUUUCCACCAUAAUUUGCAAAUAAAUUCAUUAAAAAUCCUACAAUGUGAUUUUCUGGAUUUUUUUUCUCAUUUUGUCUGUCAUAGUUGACGUGUACCUAUGAUGAAAAAUACAGGCCUCUCAUCUUUUUAAGUGGGAGAACUUGCACAAUUGGUGGCUGACUAAAUACUUUUUUCCCCCACUGUAACCUGAAAGGCCGCUCAGCAAGGAAGAAGCCACUACUCCAAAACCGCCAUAAAAAAAGCCAGACUACGGUUUGCAACUGCACAUGGGGACAAAGAUCGUGCUUUUUGGAGAAAUGUCCUCUGGUCUGAUGAAACAAAAGUAGAACUGUUUGGCCAUAAUGACCAUCGUUAUGUUUGGAGGAAAAAGGGGGCAGCUUGCAUUGGAGUGGCCAUCACAAAGCCCUGACCUCAAUCCUAUAGAACAUUUGUGGGCAGAACUGAAAAAGCGUGUGCGAGCAAGGAGGCCUACAAACCUGACUCAGUUACACCAGCUCUGUCUGGAGGAAUUGGCCAAAAUCCACCCAAUUUAUUGUGGGAAGCUUGUGGAAGGCUACCUGAAACAUUUGACCCAAGUUAAACAAUUUAAAGGCAAUGCUACCAAAUACUAAUUGAGUGUAUGUAAACUUCUGACCCACUGGGAAUGUGAUGAAAGAAAUAAAAGCUGAAAUAAAUCAUUCUCUCUACUAUUAUUCUGACAUUUCACAUUCUUAAAAUCAAGCGGUGAUCCUAACUGACCUAAGACAGGGCAUUUUUACUAAGAUUAAAUUUCAGGAAUUGUGAAAAACGGAGUUUAAAUGUAUUUGGCUAAGGUGUAUGUAAACUUCCGACUUCAACUGUAUGUGCUUAAUUUAGAGUUAUUAAUGUAACUUUAGUUGUUCUACAAAUGUUGGGCUAUAUGUUUUGAUUUUUAAUACAUUGUAUGGCUGCAUGAUGCAACUCUAAUGAUGAUUUGAAAAAAGUCACUUGAAAGGCAUGAGCUCUGCUUAGUUUUUUGCGCCUUUUCCAGCCCUUCUCCCUAAAUGCUGCCCGCUCCGAAGCACCUCUCAUCUCACACGGCUCUCCAUCACGUGUUCGGGUCUUCCUCACAAGCUACAAGUGAAGACGGACACAUCGGUGACGCAAUUGCGCUCGUCCUUAUCCAAUUCCGAGAUGCAUAUUGAAGAUAUUGGAAGAACUGUCCACAUUUACUUUUUGUCAGCCAACAAUAUGAGUAGGCCUAACGAACAGCAAAAGCUCUAGCCUAUGUCAAUCUACUAUCCCCCAUAGUACAAAGGUCAACCUAUUCUGUGCGAGAAAUAAAUAUUCCAAACAUGUUGUGGGAUGCGAUAGAUCCCAAAUUAAUACAACCACUAGCAUCAAAAAACCUUUUUUUACGCAAUGUGGCUGACGCAAGAGAUCAGAAUGUUUAGCUUAAAAUUAUGAUAAAAUAUUAGGCAAUUUCUUCACAUUAUAAGCGCAGCAAUGCGCACGUGGUAGUAGGCUAUAAGCGCGAAUGUUCCAUUAGUGGAAAACACCAUUAUCAAAAGUGACGUAAAUACAAUUAUGCAUGUAAUGCUUUUAUUAUAAAGGUGCAUUUUUAUGGUGAAAAUUAUCUUCCCCAAACUUGAAACUCACGCGCUGCUUAUGUAUUCCAGUUAGUCUCUACACUCCUUGUAAAGCGGAUGAAUGUGCUUAAUUUGGCCACUUUAGUUGUGAUACAAACCUUAUUAAAACAUAUAGGCCUAUGGGCUAGGCUACCUGAGGUGUGUGACUAUGAUUUACAAAUGUAAAAAAAAAAGCCAUGGUUUCUUAUGCUGGGCAUCAUUCACAAGUGAUAAUAUAGAAUUCACAAGUGAUAGGCUAAUAUUGUCACCAUCAGACUAUUAUUGAUUUAAUCUUGUCUUUACAUAUACUAAAUAAUAUGUGUGAAAUUUGUUUUGCUUUAGAAUGGACCGUUAUCAUGCACCUGUAUCGAAACAGGGUCAGCGGAAAAAAAUACAUCUCAUCUAUGCAAUUAAAUAGCAAAUGGAGGAUGCUUUUCCCCGUGGUUUAUUUUCACGCCAGCCAGGUAGGCUAUACUCCUUUUGUAAAGAGAAGCAAUGUGCUUAAUAUUAGGAAAGUUGAGAAAUAAAUAUAGUAGGUCUAGCCUAUAGAAAGCUGAUGGGAUCCUCCUCCUUUUUAGUAGAGGCCAUCACUCUGUUUUCUCGCGGAAUUGCAUAGCCUAUUGAAAUGUUGCGCAACAUGAACUCAUGGGCUCUCAUGUAGUGUUUCAUUAGAUUUUCGAUUACAUUUGCAUUGAUGUCAGAGUGAUUAGAGGGUCAAUAGAGUGCUGAGUACCAGGCAGUUAGCAAGUUUGGUAGGCUACUAAUGACCAUCAGCAGCAUCAGAGCUUGGAGAAGCCUAAUUAUCGUGACUAAACAGUCACGUGGAAUUUGACUGCCUUUUUGACUCGUGACCGCCGGUGUGGCGGUAAUACGGUCACCGCAACAGCCUUAGGCAUGAUCCUGGACAACACCCUGUCGUUCUCCGCAAACAACAAAGCAGUGACCUGCUCCUGCAGGUUCAUGCUUUACAACAUCCGUAGAGUACAACCCUACCUCACACAGGAAGCGGCGAAGGUCCUAAUCCAGGCACUUGUCCUCUCCCGUCUGGACUACUGCAAGUCGCUGUUGGCUGGGUUCCCCGCUUGUGCCAUCAAACCCCUGCAACUUGUCCAGAACGCAGCAGCCCACCUGGUUUUCAACCUUCUCAAAUUCUCUCACGUCACCCGCUCCUCCACACACUCCACAGGCUUCCAGUCAAAGCUUGCAUCCACUGCAAGACCAUGGUGCUUACCUACGGAACGUCAAGAGGAACUGCCCCUCCCUACCUUCAGGCUAUGCUCAAACCCUACACCUCAACACGAGCACUCCGUUCUGCCACCUCAGGUCUCAUGGUCUCCACCCCUAUGGGAGGGUAGCUCCCGUUCAGCCCAGUCCACGCUCUUCUCUGUCCUGCACCCCAAUGGUGGAACCAGCUUCCCCCUGAAGCUAGGACAGCAGAGUCCCUGUCCAUUUUCCGAAAGUCGCUCUGGAUAAGAGUGUCUGCUAAAUAAUGUUACCACCCAUGACUGUAUUUGUUAGUGACAGAGACGUGGUUGUUGCAUUCAUCAAUCUUUUGUCCUGUGGACUUCAACAAGUGAGAUCCUAAGUGAAUAUUUUAUCACAAUGUUUUUCACAAUGUUCCUAACCCUGGCAGUCAUUCUGAAUGCAGGUUAAUACAAAUCCCAACUGUUGGAUGUCCUAUCUCUGGGUGGAUUCCAAUAGGCAUUAAACAUCAGUAUAAUGUGACUUGCAUGUAGGGUUGCAGAAUUCUGGUAACUUUCCCAAAUUUCCCAGGUUUUCCUGAAAUCAUUUGGAAUCUGCCUCUCAACUGGAGGGAAUUAUCAGGAAAUCCAGAAUCCUUCAACCAGGAUUUCUGGAAAACUUUACUUGCAGGCCUGAUGUGGCUUGUAAACCAUGAGUGUCAGGCCACUGUAUUUGGGUAACACUAGGCCUAAAAAUUAGGCCUUGUGAAAUAUGUAAUUUAUUGGCAUGAAUUUUUAUGAUAACAUUCACCUAGGAACUCACUUGGUGAAGACCACAGAUUGAAAAUGAAUGAAUUCAACAACCAUGUCUCUGUCACUAACAAAUACAGUCAUGGGUAGUAACUCUAUAAUUCACUCAAAGGCAAGGUACAAAGGGAGAUUAUAUUGGAGGCAUGGCUUAGUGGGGGUGGAAGUGUUGAGUGGAGGUGUUGUAUCAGUUUUUGGUCUAUGGUAGAGGUACAUUAUUACCACUUACAAGGAACAAAUGGCUUUGUCAGUGUGGUGAUACCUAAUGUGUUACAGUGGGGAAAAAAAGUAUUUAGUCAGCCACCAAUUGUGCAAGUUCUCCCACUUAAAAAGAUGAGAGAUGCCUGUAAUUUUCAUCAUAUGUACACGUCAACUAUGACAGACAAAAUGAGAAAAAAAAAUCCAGAAACUCACAUUGUAGGAUUUUUAAUGAAUUUAUUUGCAAAUUAUGGUGAAAAAUAAGUAUUUGGUCAACUUUAAACAAGCAAGAUUUCUGGCUCUCACAGACCUGUAACUUCUUCUUUAAGAGGCUCCUCUGUCCUCCACUCGUUACCUGUAUUAAUGGCACCUGUUUGAACUUGUUAUCAGUAUAAAAGACACCUGUCCACAACCUCAAACAGUCACACUCCAAACUCCACUAUGGCCAAGACCAAAGAGCUGUCAAAGGACACCAGAAUCAAAAUUGUAGACCUGCACCAGGCUGGGAAGACUGAAUCUGCAAUAGGUAAGCAGCUUGGUUUGAAGAAAUCAACUGUGGGAGCAAUUAUUAGGAAAUGGAAGACAUACAAGACCACUGAUAAUCUCCCUCGAUCUGGGGCUCCACGCAAGAUCUCACCCCUUGGGGUCAAAAUGAUCACAAGAACGGUGAGCAAAAAUCCCAGAACCACACGGGGGGACCUAGUGAAUGACCUGCAGAGAGCUGGGACCAAAGUAACAAAGCCUACCAUCAGUAACACACUACGCCGCCAGGGACUCAAAUCCUGCAGUGCAAGACGUGUCCCCCUGCUUAAGCCAGUACAUGUCCAGGCCCGUCUGAAGUGCAUUUGGAUGAUCCAGAAGAGGAUUGGGAGAAUGUCAUAUGGUCAGAUGAAACCAAAAUAUAACUUUUUGGUAAAAACUCAACUCGUCAUGUUUGGAGGACAAAGAAUGCUGAGUUGCAUCCAAAGAACACCAUACCUACUGUGAAGCAUGGGGGUGGAAACAUCAUGCUUUGGGGCAGUUUUUCUGCAAAGGGACCAGGACGACUGAUCCGUGUAAAGGAAAGAAUGAAUGGGGCCAUGUAUCGUGAGAUUUUGAGUGAAAACCUCCUUCCAUCAGCAAGGGCAUUGAAGAUGAAAUGUGGCUGAGUCUUUCAGCAUGACAAUGAUCCCAAACACACCGCCCGGGCAACGAAGGAGUGGCUUCGUAAGAAGCAUUUCAAGGUCCUGGAGUGGCCUAGCCAGUCUCCAGAUCUCAACCCCAUAGAAAAUCUUUGGUGGGAGUUGAAAGUCUGUGUUGCCCAGCGACAGCCUCAAAACAUCACUGCUCUAGAGGAUAUCUGCAUGGAGGAAUGGGCCAAAAUACCAGCAACAGUGUGUGAAAACCUUGUGAAGACUUACAGAAAACGUUUGACCUGUGUCAUUGCCAACAAAGGGUAUAUAACAAAGUAUUGAGAAACUUUUGUUAUUGACCAAAUACUUAUUUUCCACCAUCAUUUGCAAAUAAAUUCAUUAAACAUCCUACAAUGUGAUUUUCUGGAUUAUUUUUUCUCAUUUUGCCUGUCAUAGUUGACGUGUACCUAUGAUGAAAAUUACAGGCCUCUCUCAUCUUUUUAAGUGGGAGAACUUGCACAAUUGGUGGCUGACUAAAUACUUUUUUCCCCCACUGUAUGUACCUAUAACUAAUGGUACAAAGCAAAUGUUUAUAACCCCUUAAGAACAAAACAAACAAAAACAAUUGUAUGAGUAAUACACAGGCCUGCAAGUCACAUUGUGCUGGCUUGCAAAGUGAUUCGUAAUUCCUAUUGGUAGUGAUGUUACGUUUGAUGCCGGAGCUCUGAGGAAUGCACCGAAAUCGCUAAGCAGUGUACUUCAAAGCAGUGUGCCUAUUCUGCCCUGGAAUUGCGUUCCCAUGCAAAACUAGACAGAUGGCUAACAACUUCAAUAAAACUUCCAAGGCGUGACUUUUCUUGAACGAAUGUAUUGAAAACGUUUAUGUUGUGAAACUGCAAAUACAGAAAAUAAUAUACUUUAGUAUUCAAUUCACAUUGACAUACUGUAGCUGUACAUUAUACAUUUCAAGUUGAAGUUGCAUAAAUACAAAGCAAGUGCCAAGUUACCAUGUAUCUGACAUGACGACAAACCAAAUAGAUAAUUACUGUAUGAGUAACAACUAGCCAACUCCUUUCAUUACUCUAAUAAUGUACAAACACCUCUGUAAAAUAACAAAGCAUAUUACACUAGAAACAGUAACAACUAUAGUAUGUUUUACCCUUCUUUUACAUGACGCACGAGCAAACUAAUACCGCUGACGACAUCCAUGAAAGUCAAUGCAAUAUGCGUGAGUAAAUGUAACCAACUAACAUUGAUAAGUAAUUCUAUCAAUAACAAUAUUAUCAUCACUAGCAAUAUGCUUGAAUUGAACUUACAAACAAAUAUUUUCCGAGGCUGAAGCGUAACAAGAAAUAGUUGCACAGAAAGAACUGUACAGUAGUGUUGUUUCUAGCUGCUUGUCUGCGUGCAGAAUGACUACUCUAACUUCUAACAGGAUGGCAGCACAGUGCCGAUGCCUGGAUCACUUUAUUAGAAGCACAUGAUUAACGACGUACGAAGCUUUGUUUCGUCGAACAACCACCUGAUUGGUUUGGUAUUGGUAGAAGACAUGAAGACUACACUGCGCACAUGCUAUGGAGUGUGGGACGUGGUCUAUAAUAAUUUGGCUGCUAUACAUUAUUUUGACCAGCAGGUGCAACUAUUGUACACUGCGUUGAUCAAAGCCUCAAGUAAUGAACCUAUUUUUGACACAAUAUACUGGAAAACCUCAGUGCUUCAUUUCCCCAUCACUACCUAUUGGAAUCCAGCCAGAGGGGAUAUCCAACAUUUGGUAUUUUUCAGAAUGAAUUCCAGGGUUGAGAAGACUACCUGGCAGACAAAGAUAUACAGUGAGGGAAAAAAGUAUUUGAUCCCCUGCUGAUUUUGUACAUUUGCCCACUGACAAAUAAAUGAUCAGUCUAUAAUUUUAAUGGUAGGUUUAUUUGAACAGUGAGAGACAGAAUAACAACAAAACAAUCCAGAAAAACACAUGUCAAAAAUUUUAUUACUUGAUUUGCAUUUUAAUGAGGGAAAUAAGUAUUUGACCCCCUCUCAAUCAGAAAGAUAUGUAUUUUAUACAGGUAACGAGCUGAGGUUAGGAGCACACUCUUAAAGGGAGUGCUCCUAAUCUCAGUUUGUUACCUGUAUAAAAGAAACCUGUCCACAGAAGCAAUCAAUCAAUCAGAUUCCAAACUCUCCACCAUGGCCAAGACCAAAGAGCUCUCCAAGGAUGUCAGGGACAAGAUUGUAGACCUACACAAGGCUGGAAUGGGCUACAAGACCUUCGCCAAGCGGCUUGGUAAGAAGGUGACAACAGUUGGUGUGAUUAUUCGCAAAUGGAAGAAACACAAAAUAACUCUCAAUCUCCCUCGGCCUGGGGCUCCAUGCAAGAUCUCACCUCGUGGAGUUGCAAUGAUCAUGAGAACGGUGAGGAAUCAGCCCAGAACUACACGGGAGGAUCUUGUCAAUGAUCUCAAGGCAGCUGGGACCAUAGUCACCAAGAAAACAAUUGGUAACACACUACGCCAUGAAGGACUGAAAUCCUGCAGCGCCCGCAAGGUCCCCCUACUCAAGAAAGCACAUAUAUAUGCCCGUCUGAAGUUUGCCAAUGAACAUCUGAAUGAUUCAGAGGAGAACUCGGUGAAAGUGUUGUGGUCAGAUGAGACCAAAAUGGAGCUCUUUGGCAUCAACUCAACUCGCUGUGUUUGGAGGAGGAGGAGGAAUGCUGCCUAUGACCCCAAGAACACCAUCCCCACCGUCAAACAUGGAGGUGGAAACAUUAUGCUUUGGGGGUGUUUUUAUGCUAAGGGGACAGGACAACUUCACCGCAUCAAAGGGACGACGGACGGGGCCAUGUACCGUCAAAUCUUGGGUGAGAACCUCCUUCCCUUAGCCAGGGCAUUGAAAAUGGGUCGUGGAUGGGUAUUCCAGCAUGACAAUGACCCAAAACACACAGCCAAGGCAACAAAGGCGUGGCUCAAGAAGAAGCACAUUAAGUUCCUGGAGUGGCCUAGCCAGUCUCCAGACCUUAAUCCCAUAGAAAAUCUGUGGAGGGAGCUGAAGGUUCGAGUUGCCAAACGUCAGCCUCGAAACCUUAAUGACUUGGAGAAGAUCUGCAAAGAGGAGUGGUACAAAAUCCCUCCUGAGAUGUGUGCAAACCUGGUGGCCAAAUACAAGAAACGUCUGACCUCUGUGAUUGCCAACAAGGUUUUUGCCACCAAGUACUAAGUCAUGUUUUGCAGAGGGGUCAAAUACUUAUUUCCCUCAUUAAAUUGCAAAUCAAUUUAUAACAUUUUUGACAUGCGUUUUUCUGGAUGUUUUUGUUGUUAUUCUGUCUCUCACUGUUCAAAUAAACCUACCAUUAAAAAUUAAAGACUGAUCAUUUCUUUGUCAAUGGGCAAACAUACAAAAUCAAACUUUUUUCCCUCACUGUAUGAGGCUACCUAAAGCAUCUAAACAGGAAUAACCAUUUAAUUAAUGGGUGCAUUAAGUCCAAGUUACAUUAUAGAUUAGUUUAGAAAAUGAAUGUCAUUUAUAUUUGUUUCAGCAUAAGAUUAAUUAAUCAAUCAAUACGCAGACAUAGAUAUUGAAAGAAACAUUUCAAAUAGUCAACCUGCAAUAGAGCAUGCUGGGAAAUAUGAUAAUGAUGGGUGUGGUUUUGGUUCACAGUGAUGUGUAUGAGUUUCAGCCCCGUUGUAGGGUAAAAAUAGUCCCAGAGACCUGGCAGUGUGGUGCCAGGAUAACAACCUCUCCCUCAACGUGAUCAAGACAAAGGAGAUGAUCGUGGACUACAGGAAAUGGAGGACUGAGCACGCCCCCAUUCUCAUUGACGGGGCUGUAGUGAAGCAGGUUGAGAGCUUCAAGUUCCUUGGUGUCCACAUCACCAACAAACUAUCAUGGUCCAAACACACCAAGACAGUUGUGAAAAGGGCACGACAACGCCUAUUCCCCCUCAGGAGACUGAGGAUCUGAGGACCCAUGCCAAAUCUUUUCAAAGUUCUACAGCUGCACCAUCGAGAGCAUCCUGACUGGUUGCAUCACUGCCUGGUAUGGCAACUGCUCGGCCUCCGACCGCAUGGCGCUACAGAGGGUAUUGAGUAUGGCCCAGUACAUCACUGGGGCCAAGCUUCCUGCCAUCCAGGACCUCUAUACCAGGCGGUGUCAGAGGAAGGCCCAACAUUUUUUCAAAGACUCCAGCCACCCUAGUCAUAGACUGUUCUCUCUCUCUGCUACCACACGGCAAGCGGUACCGGAGUGCCAAGUCUUCUUAACAGCUUCUACCCCAAGCCAUAAGACUUCUGAACAGCUAAUCAAAUGGCUAACUGGACUAUUAGCAUUUUUUUUUGUUUAAUGUAUUCUUAUUUAUUUUUAUGCUGCUGCUACUCUCUGUUUAUUAUCUAUGCAUAGUCACUUUACCCCUACCUACAUGGAAAUAUUACCUCAACUAACCUGUACCCCCGCACAUUGACCUGGUAUCCCCUGUAUAUACCCUCAUUAUUGUUAUUUUAUUGUUACUUUUUUAUUUGUUUUACUUUAGUUGAUUUAGUAAAUAUUUUCUUAACUGCAUUGUUGGUUAAGGGCUUGUAAGUAAGCAUUUCACAGUAAGGUCGACACCUGCUGUAUUCGGCACGUGACAAAUAACAUUUGAUUUGACUUGGUGAAGUCCAUAGGACCGAAACUGUAUGAAUUCAAUAACCAUGCUUCUGUCACUAACAAAUAGAAAUAUGGGUGGUAACUACAAUUCACUCAAGGCAAGGCACUCUGGGAAAUUAUUGAAUAAGAUUUGACACUAAGCAGUGUGUUUAAUUUAACACUGGUUCCAGUGUGUACAGUGGGGAAAAAAAGUAUUUAGUCAGCCACCAAUUGUGCAAGUUCUCCCACUUAAAAAGAUGCGAGAGGCCUGUAAUUUCCAUCAUAGGUACACGUCAACUAUGACAGACAAAAUGAGGAAAAAAAAUCCAGAAAAUCACAUUGUAGGAUUUUUAAUGAAUUUAUUUGCAAAUUAUGGUGGAAAAUAAGUAUUUGGUCAAAAACAAAAGUUUCUCAAUACUUUGUUAUAUACCCUUUGUUGGCAAUGACACCGGUCAAACGUUUUCUGUAAGUCUUCACAAGGUUUUCACACACUGUUGCUGGUAUUUUGGCCCAUUCCUCCAUGCAGAUCUCCUCUAGAGCAGUGAUGUUUUGGGGCUGUCGCUGGGCAACACGGACUUUCAACUCCCUCCAAAGAUUUUCUAUGGGGUUGAGAUCUGGAGACUGGCUAGGCCACUCCAGGACCUUGAAAUGCUUCUUACGAAGCCACUCCUUCGUUGCCCGGGCGGUGUGUUUUGGAUCAUUGUCAUGCUGAAAGACCCAGCCACGUUUCAUCUUCAAUGCCCUUGCUGAUGGAAGGAGGUUUUCACUCAAAAUCUCACGAUACAUGGCCCCAUUCAUUCUUUCCUUUACACGGAUCAGUCGUCCUGGUCCCUUUUGCAGAAAAACAGCCCCAAAGCAUGAUGUUUCCACCCCCAUGCUUCACAGUAGGUAUGGUGUUCUUUGGAUGCAACUCAGCAUUAUUUGUCCUCCAAACACGACGAGUUGAGUUUUUACCAAAAAGUUCUAUUUUGGUUUCAUCUGACCAUAUGACAUUCUCCCAAUCCUCUUCUGGAUCAUCCAAAUGCACUCUAGCAAACUUCAGACGGGCCUGGACAUGUACUGGCUUAAGCAGGGGGACACGUCUGGCACUGCAGGAUUUGAGUCCCUGGCGGCGUAGUGUGUUACUGAUGGUAGGCUUUGUUACUUUGGUCCCAGCUCUCUGCAGGUCAUUCAGGAGGUCCCCCCGUGUGGUUCUGGGAUUUUUGCUCACCGUUCUUGUGAUCAUUUUGACCCCACGGGGUGAGAUCUUGCGAGGAGCCCCAGAUCGAGGGAGAUUAUCAGUGGUCUUGUAUGUCUUCCAUUUCCUAAUAAUUGCUCCCACAGUUGAUUUCUUCAAACCAAGCUGCUUACCUAUUGCAGAUUCAGUCUUCCCAGCCUGAUGCAGGUCUACAAUUUUGUUUCUGGUGUCCUUUGACACCUCUUUGGUCUUGGCCAUAGUGGAGUUUGGAGUGUGACUGUUUGAGGUUGUGGACAGGUGUCUUUUAUACUGAUAACAAGUUCAAACAGGUACCAUUAAUACAGGUAACGAGUGGAGGACAGAGGUGCCUCUUAAAGAAUAAGUUACAGGUCUGUGAGAGCCAGAAAUCUUGCUUGUUUGUAGGUGACCAAAUACUUAUUUUCCACCAUAAUUUGCAAAUAAAUUCAUUAAAAAUCCUACAAUGUGAUUUUCUGGAUUUUUUUUCCUCAAUUUGUUUGUCAUAGUUGACAUGUACCUAUGAUGAAAAUUACAGGCCUCUCUCAUCUUUUUAAGUGGGAGAACUUGCACAAUUGGUGGCUGACUAAAUACUUUUCCCCCCCACUUUAACACUGGAGAAUUUGCUGUGUAGCAUAAAAAAAAGUAUGUUUUCUUCCAUCUAAUGAAAAUGACCCAUAUUUUUAACCUAUUAGAGUUCAUGAAGGAGACAGGACCAGGAAAGUGAGCCCUUAAAGUGUAUUGGAGACACCGGCUGUAUUUCAUUUCAGUAUCUCCUCUUCUCUCUUUGGUGUCUUAUUAGGCUACUCAGGGACCCUGUAACACCCCCAAGCCAGGGAUGCUUGACUUUGUCGGCAAAGCCAAAUGGGAUGCCUGGAAGUCUCUGGGCUCUGUAGCUCAGGUAAUCUACAUUCCAACAUUGCAUAUACACUGAGGAUACAAAACAUGUGCCAUUGUCUUCACACAAUGGAAUUGACAGACAUUAAUUAAUACACUGUAUAUCUCCUUUUUCCUUCCUCUCAGGAGGAUGCCAGACAGCAGUAUGUGGACUUGAUUGACACUCUGCUGGCUGCUGAGGGGCCUGCGGUAGCUACACAGCCCACUGGGAGCGCUGCUACCUUUAAUACGCUGCUGGUCUCCACGGAGGACAACAUCACCACUAUCCGCCUCAAUAGGCCACAGAAGAAGAAUGCCAUCACUGUGGAGGUAUUUCAAAAGCAUUAAUUUAUUAAGCAUUAGUGUCAUAGUCUAUCUCCCCCCGCCCAACAUCAGUGGCAGUCUAAACAGUAGACACAUUUUGUAGAUAGACAGUUGUAAGUACUACAUAACAAUGUGGGACCAUAGGUAAAGUGUCCUAAGGCAAAGUGUUACAUAUGUUGUAGUAUGAUUUGGUGUUUUUUUCAAUUAAAUGCCUUGUCAUAGUGAAUGAUUACUUACUGUCUAUGAAAAUAGCAAUUACUAACAUCCCAAAUAUCCAGUAAUCAUCCAGUUCUUCAAUUCUGUUAUUUCAAUUGUUUCCCUCUUGAUAUCCAGAUGUACAACGAGAUCAUCAAGGCUUUGGAGCAAGCUGGCAAAGAUGACUCUGUCAUUACUGUAAUCACAGGUAGAGCCAAACCAACCUAUUUCUCCCAUGGAAAUAAUGAAUGCAUUAUGGAGACCUUAUACAGUUGAAGAGAGUAUCAGUGAUAUGAAUAUGCACUAUUUUGCUGGACCAGAAAUUAACACUAGGAAUAAAGAAAAGUCAGCACACAGUAUAUUAUUACGGUGCAGGAAAAAAGCAUGUGGGAGCAAGAUUUACUGUGUGCAGGCUUUUCUUUCUUUAUACCUUCAAGGCUUUACCGUGAUACAGUAACUUGACCUGACGGGCCGCCCCCAGGUGGUAAGGGUAGGUAACAACACAUCUGCCACUGAUCCUCAACACAGGGGCCCCUCAGGGGUGCGUGCUCAGUCCCCUCCUGUACUCCCUGUUCACCCAUGACUGCAUGGCCAGGCACGACUCCAACACCAUCAUUAAGUUUGCCGACGACACAACAGUGGUAGGCCUGAUCACCGACAACGAUGAGACAGCCUAUAGGGAGGAGGUCAGAGACCUGGCCGUGUGGUGCCAGGAUAACAACCUCUCCCUCAACGUGACGUAGACAAAGGAGAUGAUUGUGGACUACAGGGAAAAAAAGAGGACUGAGCACGCCCCCAUUCUCAUUGACGGGGCUGUAGUGGAACAGGUUGAGAGCUUCAAGUUCCUUGGUGUCCACAUCACCAACCAAACACGGUCCAAACACACCAAGACAGUCGUGAAGAGGGCACGACAAAGCCUAUUCCCCCUCAGGAGACUGAAAAGAUUUGGCAUAGGUCCUCAGAUCCUCAAAAAAUUAUACAGCUGCACCAUCGAGAGCAUCGUGACUGGUUGCAUCACCGCCUGGUAUGUAAACUGCUUGGCCUCCGACCGCAAGGCACUACAGAGGGUAGUGCGUACGGCCCAGUACAUCACUGGGGCCAAGCUUCCUGCCAUCCAGGACCUCUAUACCAGGCGGUGUCUGAGGAAGGCCCUCAAAAUUGUCAAAGACUCCAGCCACCCUAGUCAUAGACUGUUCUCUCUGCUACCGCACGGCAAGCGGUACCGGAGUGCCAAGUCUAGGUCCAAAAGACUUCUCAACAGCUUCUACCCCCAAGCCAUAAGACUCCUGAACAGCUAAUCAUGGCUACCCAGACUAUUUGCACUGCCCCCCACCCCCACCCCAUCUUUUUACGCUGCCACUACUCUGUUAAUUAUUUAUGCAUAGUCACUUUAACUCUACCCACAUGUACAUAUUACCUCAACUAGCCGGUGCCCCCGCACAUUGACUCUGCACCGGUACCCCCCUGUAUAUAUAGCCUCCCUACUGUUAUUUUAUUUUACUCCUGCUCUUUUUUUUUCUCAACACUUUUUUGUUGUUGUUUUAUUUUACUUUUUUUAAUUAAAAAUAAAUGCACUGUUGGUUAAGGGCUGUAAGUAAGCAUUUCACUGUAAUGUCUGCACCUGUUGUAUUCGGCACAUGUGGCCAAUAAGAUUUGAUUUGAACUUGCACUGCUCCAGUCUUCUCAAUUGCUCUAUGUGGCUGUCCCUAAUUGAUGAAAGCUGUUCUUGUUCACCCCCUCAAGGUAGUGGAGACUUCUACUGCAGUGGCAAUGACCUGACAAACUUCACCCAAAUCCCUGAGGGCGGAAUCGAGCAGAUGGCAAAGAAUUCAGGCGAGUUGCUAAGGUAAGGACUUACCCAAGAGGAGCAGGCAAGAGUUUACCUUGAGAGACCCUUUUUCAUCACUGUUGAUAUCCUCUGCUGACAAAUCAGUGUGUGUGUGUGUGCAGGGAGUUUGUCAAAGCGUUUAUCGACUUCCCUAAGCCCCUGAUUGCAGUGAUCAACGGUCCGGCUGUGGGCGUGUCUGUCACUCUACUGGGCCUGUUCGAGAUUGUCUAUGCCACAGAGAGGGUAAGGUGCUUUGUCAUGUCCACUCAGUGUUGGCUAAGAACACAUUUAUAUUGUAUCUCUAUACAUGUCUGUUAGUUGAUAAUACAAGAUUAGCAUUGGUUUAUAUCAGGGUUGGGGUCAAUUCCAUUUCAAUUCCAGUCAAUUCAGAAAAUAAACCCAAUUCCAAAUGUUCCUCAUUGAAAAGCAAAGGAAUUGGAAUUUCAGUGUACUUCCUGAAUUGCCUGGAAUUGAACCCAACCCUGGUUUAUAUUAAGGUUCUCCAACUCCAGUCCUGGAGAGAUACUGGGUGUCCAGGCUUUUGUUCCUGCCCACCAGCACUAACAUACCUGCUAAGCAUGGUCCCGAUUGUUGUGACCACUAGUGCACCACCCAUAAUACCACAACGUCCACAUUGCCAUUCUCUACUGCCAUGCUUCACUAUACUCUGCAGUAAGAGGUUGGGGUUUUUCCUGCCUAACGUGUGCUUCUCCCCCCUCCUGACAGGCUACAUUCCACACCCCCUUCAGCCAGCUGGGACAGAGCCCAGAGGGCUGCUCCUCCUACACCUUCCCUAAAAUGAUGGGCAAUGCGAAGGUAUGGAUGCACAAACUUGUUCCUUUGCUGCAACUGAUGCACUUCAUAGAGGGGUAUUCUCAGGCAGCUAUCUUCUCAGUUUCCCUAUUUCCAACAUCAAUGCAUGAUUGAUGCAAAAAAGCCUACACACGGAUCAAUUUUUUUUUUUAUACCUCUGUAUUUUAUUUGAAUGUAUUGAAUUUGCAAUUGGAAUUGAAUGAAAUGCCACUAAUAGACAUUGCCAUACUCUGUGACUAGGCCAGUGAGAUGCUGCUGUUCAACAAGAAGCUGACAGCCACCCAGGCGUGUGCCCAGGGCCUGGUGACCGAGGUCUUCCCUGACAGCAGCUUCCAGACCGAGGUGGCCACCAGACUCAAGGCCUACGCCAAGCUGCCCAGAAACGUGAGUAAAAGCCCCAGCAAAUAUUGAAUGUUUGUGUAUUUUGUGGAAUGUAUUAAUCAAUAUUCCUGGAACGUAUCAAUAUUGAUGAAAGCUGGUUGUAUUUUACAGAACUUCCUUUGGAAUGUUCCAGGAAUUCUGCAUUAUUUAUUAUGUUAUUGGCCGUAGCUGCGCUUCCGUGGACCAGAGGGCGCCACAUUGUGCAAAUUGAAUUUAGUUCAGACACCCCUGAUGGACAGCACAGUUGAAUAUUCAAAACUGUUAGUGAAGCGUCACUAAUAUAUGAUAUGGCAGUAUAUUUAAACCACAAUAUUACAUAAUCGCUAACACAAGCAGAGAAAAUAUUACAGGAUAUUACGUCUGGAUAGCAAUGAUGGCAAGGCUACAAUAUUUGCACAAUUGGUAGGGAGUUACAGACAACAAUUGGCAGGGAGUUACAGACAACUGGGAAGCAAAAUUGUAGUUGUAUAAUGGUUAAAAUGCAGAUUGUUUUGCUUCAGAUCAGUAGAAGAGAUAAGCCUAUAAUUGUUUGUCAUGCAUGCCAAAAUAGAUUUCAUCUCACAUUCAGCCUUUGAUUCUGCUUUGUGACAAACUUUGCCGUCAUUUGGGAUGUAUCAUUCACUUACUAUUGUUACUAUUGGGCAAGGCAUAACCAAUACACAAUGUAAAUGUAUGCAAAGAAUUCAUAAAGUCGCAGGUUUGAUGCCUUCAUUGCAUGCAAAAAUCAACAAAUAAAAACCUUCUCUGUCUAAAUACAUAUGGAGCACUGUACUUGAAAAAAUAUAUAUAUAUAUUUAAAAUGUAUUUUUUAUGUCAGUCGUGUUAUUAUGAAUGGAGAGGCUGCGGAUCUGACUUUUCUGGACCCCUUAUCCCGGGGUCUAAAGGUCCUGAAGCUUCUCUAGUUACGCACAGUCUCUGCUCUACUCGUAGAGAACAGGCUACUAUGGUGAAUGGUGCUCGUUUAAUAAAUCAGUGUAUGCAAGACCACAUUAUGAUAGUGUUGUACAUAACAUAACCGAAUAUAAUAGUAUAACGUUACUGUAAGACAAAAUUAGAUUUUAGGAUGAUUUUGCGAAUGGUCGCAUUUUUCUUUCAUGCGGCCACAACUCUACAGCACGCGCCACUAGGCAAAAUAUGUGCUUUGAUUGAAACAAAACACAGGUAGGCUACAGUUAACACCACCAUCUAAAAUUGGCUCACUGUAGGCCUACAUAAUUCAAAACAACACUGUACAUAUCUAAGAAGAUCUAAACAUAUUCCCAUGAAACUCAACCUCAAAGACGGAGCUGUUCUUCCUCCCGGGGAAGGCUUGCCCACUCCAAGGCCUCUCCAUCACGGUUGACAACUCCACGGAGUCCCCCUCCCAGAGUGCAAAGAACGUUGGCGUGACCCUGGACAACACCCUGUCGUUCUCUGCAAACAUCAAGCAGUGACUCGCUCCUGCAGGUUCAUGCUCUACAACCUUUUUUCACACAGGAGGUGGUGCAGGUCCUAAUCCCUUGUCAUGUCCUGUCUGGACUACUCGCUGUUGGCUGGGCUCCCCGCUUGUGCCAUCAAACCCCUGCAACUUAUCCAGAACGACGCAGCCCGCCUGGUGUUCAACCUUCCCAAGUUCUCCCAUGUCACCCCGCUCCUCCACACACUCCCUACCUUCGGGCUAAGCGCAAAAACCUACACCCCAACCCGAGCACUCAGUGCUGCCAGCUCUGGUCUCUUGGCCAUCCCAGUCAAAGCUCAGCCCAGUCAAAGCUCUUCUCUCUCCUGGCACCCCAAUGGUGGAACGAGCUCUCUCCUGACGCUAGGGCAGCAGAGUCCCUGCCCAUCUUCAAAAAAUUUAUGAAACCCUACCUCUUCAAAGAGUUUCUUAAAUAUGACAUCUCAGUCUUAUUCCAUAACCCCCCCCCUCCCCCCAUACAAUUUUUUUAAAAAUAGAAAGCUUGUACUUAUUUGACCCCUCUGCAAAACAUGACUUAGUACUUGGUGGCGAAACCCUUGUUGGCAAUCACAGAGGUCAGACGUUUCUUGUAGUUGGCCACCAGGUUUGCACAUAUCUCAGGAGGGAUUUUGUCCCACUCCUCUUUGCAGAUCUUCGCCAAGUCAUUAAGGUUUCGAGGCUGACGUUUGGCAACUCUAACCUUCAGCUCCCUCCACAGAUUUUCUAUGGGAUUAAGGUCUGGAGACUGGCUAGGCCACUCCAGGAACUUAAUGUGCUUCUUCUUGAGCCAUUCCUUUGUUGCCUUGGCUGUGUGUUUUGGGUCAUUGUCAUGCUGGAAUACCCAUCCACGACCCAUUUUCAAUGCCCUGGCUGAGGGAAGGAGGUUCUCACCCAAGAUUUGACGGUACAUGGCCCCGUCCAUCGUCCCUUUGAUGCGGUAAAGUUGUCCUGUCCCCUUAGCAGAAAAACACCCCCAAAGCAUAAUGUUUCCACCUCCAUGUUUGACGGUGGGGAUGGUGUUCUUGGGGUCAUAGGUAGCAUUCCUCCUCCUCCAAACACGGCGAGUUGAGUUGAUGCCAAAGAGCUCGAUUUUGGUCUCAUCUGACCACAACACUUUCACCCAGUUCUCCUCUGAAUCAUUCAAAUGUUCAUUGGCAAACUUCAGACGGGCCUGUAUAUGUGUUUUCUUGAGCAGGGGGACCUUGCGGGCGCUGCAGGAUUUCAGUCCUUCACGGCGUAGUGUGAUACCAAUUGUUUUCUUGGUGACUGGUCCCAGCUGCCUUGAGAUCAUUGACAAGAUCCUCCCGUGUAGUUCUGGGCUGAUUCCUCACCGUUCUCAUGAUCAUUGCAGCUCCACGAGGUGUGAUCUUGCAUGGAGCUCCAGGCCGAGGGAGACUGACAGUUCUUUUGUUUCUUCCAUUUGCGAGUAAUCGCACCAGCUGUUGUCACCUUUUCACCAAGCUGUUUGGCGAUGGUCUUGUAGCCCAUUCCAGCCUUGUGUAGGUCUACAAUCUUUUCCCUGACAUCCUUGGAGAGCUCUUUGGUCUUGGCCAUGGUGGAGAGUUUGGAAUCUGAUUAAUUGAGUGUGCUCCUAAUCUCAGCUUGUUACCUGUAUAAAAGACACCUGGGAGCCAGAAAUCUUUCUGAUUGAGAGGGGGUCAAAUACUUAUUUCCCUCAUUAAAAUGCAAAUCAAUUUAUAACUAUAAUCUAUUUGUAAGUCGCUCUGGAUAAGAGCGUCUGCUAAAUGACGUAAAUGUAAAAUGUAAAUGAUAACAUUUUGACAUGCGUUUUUCUGGAUUUUUUUGUUGUUAUUCUGUCUCUCACUGUUCAAAUAAACCUACCAUUAUAAUUUUAGACUGAUAAUUUCUUUGUCAGUGGGCAAACGUACAAAAUCAGCAGGGGAUCAAAUACUUUUUUCCCACACUGUAACUUAUUUUACUUAGUAUGACUGAUAUGUGGUUGUCUCACCUAGCUAUCUUAAGAUGAAUGCGCUAACUGUAAGACACUCUGGAUAAGAGCAUCUGCUAAAUGAUGCUGCAUGGACGUUUCACGAUUGAAAGUGAGAAAUGUGAAUGGAGGGUGACCACAACACUUUGUACAUAAAAUAGAGGUAAAGAAACGCAUGCAGAACAUGAUACAGCUCUUUCUAGGGUAUCCAGGGAGGGCAGAACGGGGCGGUUACCUACGGAUCCGCAGCCGCGGCCUAUUAUGAAACCAAAGACACAUUUCCACUUUUAUUUUGAUGGACAGUAACGUUUUUCUAAUCCUAUCUAUUUGACCUCUACCUUUUUCCCAUGGCUGUUCCCUGGCUGUCCAGUCCCUAGCCCUGUCCAAGCAACUGAUCCGUGGAACAGAGAAGGAACGUCUCCACACUGUCAACGACCAGGAGGUGGAGCGCCUGGUGGAGCGCUGGCUCUCAGACGAGUGCAUGCAGGCCAUCAUGAGCUUCUUCCAGGCUAAGGCUAAGCUGUGAGGGGAUCCACCCCCUCCCCCCAGAGACCCACAGACAAGAGCACCUAACCUGAGUCAUGCUCAUUAGGAAGAAAACAGACCGAAACACGGAGGCAUUACCACAACCUGGAAACGCUCAUUUACGUUUCCCGUUGCAAAACAUUUGAAAAUGUAUUUUGUUAUGUGCCCUAAUGAUCAUGACUCACAUCACACCAACCUGAACCCCCCCCCCCCUUUCCUCCCAUAGUACAGCUCUAGGGUGCCCAGUGGGCCGCACCAGCCUAGAUUCACUAACCUGUAAGAAGAGAUGUCAAUGGGAUAAAGCCUGUAACCACGCUGAGCCUUGAGCAGAUGCCUUUUUUCUCGUACAAUUUUAUCAGAUGGGUUUUGUAAAUUAAUUAUAAUAGUAGUAUUAUUGUACAGUAUGAACAAACAAAAACCCGUUCUGUACAUUCUGUAGAUGUUUAACUGUUGAUUUUGCUUGUUUUUCAAUUAACAUAUCUGGGCAUUCGAUGUUUUGAAACACCAGUAAUGGAAUGUACUGGUAACUGCCAAAAUAAAGGAAACGCCAACAUAGUGUCUUAAUAGGGCG